CGGCCGCCGGGGCUGGCUGGUGGUCUUCCCGGCGGCCGGCCCGGUCCACGCCGCGUCCAGGUGGUCCUCCAGGGACCCGGGACGCGUUCAGUCGGGGCUGGCGGACGCACCCUGCUCGCAGCUGGCGUUCCUAGUCCAGACCAAGUUUGCGCCCACCCGUGGCGCAGGACACUUUAAGGCACAGCUUGUGAACAGUUUUCUGUUUUGUUUUGAACACUAGUCAUAGGGAACAAGUUGAAAUGCAGCUGUUGCAGGGAUGUUUCGGCGAUUCGAUAUAUUUAUUUAAAAUACUGUAGACAAGGCAUGUGUUUGUACCUGGACCAUCUUCAAACUGUACUGCCUGUGAGUUUGACGCUUACCCGGGUUUUUGGGUUUUUUACGAUAGGGAAAAAGCUCCUCACUGAGCGAUUACGUGUAAAGUCUCUUUCAGAGACUUUAUCGCAGCUGGAGGCUGGGGCUAGUGCUUCCCAUGGGUCCCUAAUGGGACUGCAGACGCUCCAACAUCAGUUUGCACGUUGAAAUUAUGGAGAAAAGUGCAUUUUUAACCCCAGCCACCGUGCAGAUCAGAUUCCAAAAAUAUUUACACACAUUAGAUGCACGGGUCCGGGUCACCAAUUGUUUUGCCUACGUCAUGUUUGACUCUGGUACCCAUGAUAAGACCGAAGCUUGCCGGGAUGUGUGAUAUGGCGUGGCCCCUCCAAGUUUCCAAGUCUGAGAAAAUAUGAGCAUGGGCCAAGGAAACGACUGGGCAAGCGCCGGCAUGUGAGAUCUGGCAUUUUGAAUCUGAGAGCACAGCUAAAGAGAAAGAUAAACCUACUUUCUCAUCGAUACACCAGUCUACAGUGUAUAAUUAGUUUCACCAACUUCUACAGUAUUAGCUUUAUGAUCAUUAAAUGAUCAUUAAAACAUUCGCACAUAGAGAAGAUUACAUAGUGUUUUGAAAGCUGGGAUGUUGCUAUCAAUAGCUGUUUUAUUCAUGAAACACCCAUUUAUACAUUUUAGCUCAUUUUUCUAACAUAGGAAUCUAAAAUUGAAGUAAAAUAUUUUUACAGACAUGAUAGUAUCUUUUUUAAAAGUCAGUUUUCUGUAAUAAUUUGGAGUCCUUGUGUGUACAUAGAAUGGUUGGGAUCAUUGAUUGGCGAGCUGCAAUUUGAAGAAAACAGAAUUGCUUUUAUGGAAGUGGAGAUUUGCUGAUCACACCCAGCGUGUGAGUAGCAACUUUGAAAAAGAUAGGUGAAAAUAAGUGAGAAAAAGCAUAUCUGAAAAUCACCUAACAUGUCACGGAGAAGAUUUGAUUGCCGAAGUAUUUCGGGCAUGCUAACGACAGCUCCUCAAACCCCAAUGAAAAUGGAAAACUUUAAUAACUUCUAUACACUUACAUCCAAAGAACUAGGAAGAGGAAAAUUUGCUGUGGUUAGACAGUGUAUAUCGAAAUCCACUGGCCAAGAAUACGCGGCAAAGUUUUUAAAAAAGAGAAGAAGAGGACAGGACUGUCGGGCGGAGAUCCUGCAUGAGAUCGCCGUGCUGGAAUUGGCCAAGGCCUGUCCCCGCGUGAUAAAUCUGCAUGAGGUCUAUGAAAAUGCAAAUGAAAUCAUUUUGAUACUGGAAUAUGCUGCAGGUGGAGAAAUUUUCAACCUUUGUUUACCUGAGCUGGCUGAAAUGAUUUCUGAAAAUGAUGUUAUCAGACUCAUCAAACAAAUUCUUGAAGGAGUUUACUAUCUUCAUCAGAAUGACAUUGUGCAUCUUGAUUUGAAGCCACAGAAUAUAUUAUUGAGCAGUAUAUACCCUCUUGGUGACGUAAAAAUUGUAGACUUUGGAAUGUCUCGAAAAAUAGGGAAUACCUGUGAACUUCGGGAAAUCAUGGGAACACCAGAAUACUUAGCUCCAGAAAUUCUCAACUAUGACCCAAUUACCACAGCAACUGAUAUGUGGAAUAUUGGUAUAAUAGCAUAUAUGCUGUUAACUCACACAUCACCAUUUGUGGGAGAAGAUAAUCAAGAAACAUAUCUCAAUAUUUCUCAAGUUAAUGUAGAUUAUUCAGAAGAAACUUUUUCAUCAGUUUCACAGCUGGCCACAGACUUUAUCCAAAGUCUUUUAGUAAAAAAUCCAGAGAAAAGACCUACAGCAGAGAACUGCCUUUCUCAUUCUUGGCUGCAGCAGUGGGACUUUGGAAGCCUGUUCCACCCUGAGGCAGUGUCGAGUUCUUUCCCCGCUCAGGACCUUACCUUGAGGGCCUCUGAAGACAAGACAUCCAAGGCGUCCUGUAACGGGACCUGUGCUGACCGAGAAGACAAAGAGAACAUCCCAGAGGAGAGCAGCAUGGUGUCCAAAAGAUUUCGCUUUGAUGAUUCACUGCCCAAUCCCCACGAACUUGUUUCAGAUCUGCUGUGUUAGCACUUUGCCCUGGCUCACUUGGACUGAAUUUGACCUUUCAAUCCUCUCCAGUGUGAGGUUGUGGUUUGUAGCCUCCUACUUGUCUUGUUUAUAUUGUAAAUGCAUUUUUAAUAGAAGAAUGUAGGGAAGCAUUUUAAUGUUAAAUUUCUGAUUGUUAGCAUAAUACCCUUUCUCAUCUUCUAGGAAAGAAAAUAUUUAAAUAUAUGACAAAAGGUGAAAUUGCUUGUGUGCAGUUACCUAGUAAUGGAAGAAUUCAUGCUGGAAUGAUCUUAUCAAAAUUAUUGACAUAUCAUAAAAAUGGUUUGGGUUAUAUUGUGCUUGAUAAACUGAACAAAAUGAAAAUGUUGAAAUUUAAGCAGUUGUCUCUGAAGUGAGUUCAAUAUUGACAUAAGUUGUUUAGGAAAAUGGUGUCAACCUUAAGCUGAAAUAUAUGCUAAUUUAUAGAUACUUGUGCCAUUUCGUAUUUGAAAAUAUUUUAAAUUUAUAAAUAUGUUGAAGCCAUGUAACAUUUCUGUUGUAUUUUAUUUACUCUAUGAGAGGGGCUCUUUAGCCAGAACAAAGAGGCAGUUAGGAGCCCAAUCAGGAGUACUCUCUGUACGUUGGAGCAGAAACAAGAACAGCCUCGGUUCAUCUUUAACACAGCAUGCAUCAGGCAUGGUGAGGUCUGGAAAAUGGAGGCUAGCUGGUGAGCCAGUGCCAAGGUCUGUACUCUGCAGACUUGCUAACGGAGCAGGUACUUAGUCAAUCAAAUGUAUUUACUGAGUUUAGAAGAAAAUAUUGGCAUACUCCAGCAACAUACUGAAUUCCAGGUUUUCCCAAGUCUUAGAAUUCAAGCCAGUCAUCCUAAAAAGCAAAGCAGCAGUAGAAUACUAGCUGCUACAGUGUCAAGGUUGAUGUUAUCACAAAGCCUGAUGACAUCAAUCUCUUCUUUUAUACACAGGACAUGAGUUUCCUGUGUAUAAAGAGUGAAGUAAUCCUGCAAGGCCCUCUGGGAAGCCUCUAUGUGGGGCUGUUACAUCAGUGUGGUUAGGUCAGAGCGAGCAGAAUCUCGUCGGUGAUGAUGUCUUAGUCCAGUAGUGGAGCAUAUGUACUCCUUUUUGUUUACCUCAGUUUCCGUAUGGUGAUCAAUAAUAAUAAUUUUUAAAAGCUGUAUUAUCAUGUUGGGAUAAGUAAUAUGACCAUGUUACCAUUUUAGCAAACAUUUUGACAAAAAAUAAACAACUGGUAUCCCCCCCCCACCUUUGAACCAAAUAUUACUCUGAAGUGUCUCAAAAUUUUGGUAAGACUAUAAAUUCUUUAGUAAUAACAUAAAAGUCUUUAAUAAUCAAAUUUGUUUAAAGAUUGAAUUUCUUUCAUGGCAUUAGUAAUUUUUAAGGAAAAGUUAUUCCUACUCUGUGUAUGUGUAUGUGUGUGUGCAUAUUUGCACAUGAAUAGUUGUAUGUAUAUAUGUAUAGAUACCUAAAACAUAGUUUUUGGACAACUUUCCUUUAGAAAUUCUUUGCUCUAGCAUAUUGUACUCAUCUCAGGUGCCAAAAGAGCCCUUGUAUAUGACAUAUAUGUGUGUGUAUGUGUAUAUAUGCAUAGAUGCACAUACAUAUUUCUAUGUGUAUAUACAUACAAGCACAUAUAUACUAUGUGUGUGUAUAUAUAUAUAUAUACACAUAUAUACAUACAUGCAUAUCGAUUCUUUAAGAAAAAGUUUGCUGGUCCAAUAUGCUAGACAAUUGCAGGAGCUAAAUUGGCUCUUGUAUAUAUAAAAUUGAUUAUUCUAAAUUAUUGAUUGUCUACUUAUUUGUCUUCAGUAUUAAGAUAAUUCAGAUAAAACUUAGUGAUUGGAGAAUGAGAAAAUAGUUACUUUUCCAAAAUACUAUAUUAUUAUAUUUUAAUUUCUAAGAAAAUAUAUGCCAUAAGAAAAUAUAAAAAUCAAGACAUAUUUAAAUUUUGGAACUAUAAACUAGCUCUUAAAAAUUUUGUACAAGCUUUCUUUUUCCCUGAGGAAUCUUAAAAUAGUUUGUUUUCACUUAGCUAAUAGCCUCCAUAAAGUCAUAAAUGUCCGCUCCUUGUUCUCUAAAAGUGAGUUUUACUGUUAGAAAGCAACAAGCGGCUGGGCAAGGAAUAUAAAAAUUCAUUCUUUUCGUAACAAUGAAGUUAAAAGUUUUUACUGAUUACAGUGUGAAAAUAAACCAGUCUUUCAAGAGAAGUUAACAAGUGAUUCAUUUCUCCCAAAAUUCAAGAAAGUCUGAAAAAUUUUGGAUAAAAAAGUCUGCCAAAGGCAGAUGUUGGACUCAGUGAGAUGGUCUCAGUGAUGUAGGAAUUUACACAGCCCCUCUUAGUGACAAAAUAUUAGUAAUACUCAAGCAUAUCUGCAGAGAGUGGUUAAAUUGUGAUAAUUUGGCAAAGUUUAAUUUACACUUUGAGUAAUAACCCUAGCUAGAUGGGAUUUUAAACUACAUGAUAUAUAGGUGGUAAUUAAAAUUAUCAUCUUCAUUAUUUUCUCUGUAGUACAACUAACCUUACUUUGAGCAGUGAAAUGAUAGUAGCACUUUAAGGAACAAAGCAGUACCUAUUUCCGCUCUGUAACGAGAUCAGGUAUGUGUGCCAGGCUGUGGAGCAUGAUUGCUUUGUCAUGAAAGUCAGCUGCACCAGUUUGAUUAGUGAUGUAAUUGAUAUUCAUUCUGGUACAAGCUCUUUCAUAUUCAAUGGGUCACGAAUAGUUCAUGGGCCAUCCUUUGAUAGCCUUGAUCUAGGCAAUAUUUGUAAAUGUUGAUACCUUAUAACUGUUUACAUUUCUUAUGGUUAUUUUGAAUUUGCAGUUUGUUGUAUGAUGUGGUAACUUGUUCUUAUUCAUUGUAUAACCAGUUGUUACUUUAAUUUCAAGUUGUAUUAAAUGAUCUGACUUCCAAUUUAAGGGAUUGUUAUCAAUUUGUAAUUUUAUGAACCUACUUGGAAGAGUAAUUGCAACUGCUGUGCCAUCUUAACUUUCAUUAGAUAAUCAUGUUGCUUAGAGCAUAUAGGCUUUCUAUAUGAAUACUCUAGUUUAAAAAACUGUUUAUUAUAAUGCUGCCUCUUGCUAAACAUUAAAAAGCACACUUUUGAA